AUGCGGCGUCGCUCACGUACAUCGGGCGGCUUGGUGAGGCGUGCGGGGAUGACCGUCACGCUUUUGAGCUGAAGAAAGACAGACAAGCAGAUCAGCAUCCGAUCAUACCGGCGAGGACAACCCACAAUGUUGCAUGAAAACACCGCAUCAACGUCAGGGUUAGGGUUCUAGGACUCGAGCUCGCAACGCAUAUUCCCGCGUCGCCACCCGUCUACUGCAGCAUCCUGUAGCGAAGCAGCGGCGAAAGACCGCAAAAUAGUACGCACACACUCGAGAGUUGCUAUUCAUUCGUGCUGUUUGUUUGUUUGCUGUCAUGCAGGCGUGCAGGCGUCAUCAGGUUCAGAUGGGAUCUGCUGUGUGCAAGUGUGUAGUGUGCCACGAGGACUAUCUCGCGUGUGGCGACAGGGCGCCUCAAGUGCUCAGAUGCGGUACGAGAGAGAGAUCGGAUGUGAACAGAGCAGCACACACGUACACACGAAAUGGAUGGAUGGAUGGAUGGGUUGCUUGUGUGUGUUGGUCCGCUCUCUCAGGGCGCUCGAUCUGCGGCCAGGUACGGGCGCAGCCAUGACCACAUUCGUAUUGCACAGAAUAUACUUUUGGUUCAUUCAGUGUGUCGGGCAGCUCAUCGACCACCACCCCCAUGGCCGUCGCGCAGCCAUCUGCCCCAAAUGCAGGUAAAUAGGUAAUCAAUCGAACGAAAAUCACAGUAAGCAUUGAUGCAUGUGUUCCCAUGUCUGCUGGUUGGCUCACAUGAGUGCAGGAAGGAGACCGCGGAGACUGACGUGAGUCCCAACCACGACAUGCGAGAGCUGCUGGCCUUUUUGGCGCCGACAGGCUCCCUCACGUGAGCGAGAAAAGGGCGCAGAGAACGGCUGUGCCAUUCCGUGUCGGUUCUUUGGUGCAUGGCUGUGUGCAGGUGGGCUGCGCAGUGGCUGGGCUACACGCUUGUCUGGAUGCCGCUGCGGGUGGGCAUCUCUCUGCUGGGGCACGCCGACACAGAGGAAAUGUACUAUGUACUAUGUGUACAUAUUAUGGUGAAUUAUGUGUACAUACUUGAUACACAUACCUAUGUGACGUCUGUGCGUGUCUGCGUGUGUGUGCGCAUGUCGGUGUGUGUGUGUGCUGCCGAAAGGCGACAUGGACAACGAGAAGAGUCGGUCUGCACUGCGUGUCUUUGCUUGUUAUCAACCGCGUGGAUGA